AUGAAGUAUAUUUCAGUACGCGUCCGACUUCUGCAGACCCCAGUUACUCAAACUCAUGUGCAAUUUACUAUCUGGAAAAAAGCUAAUGGUUAUAAACCUUUUGUUAUAAAUACUACUUUAGAUAUGUGUAGGUAUUUUGAAGGUAAAAAAAAUCCAUUUUUCGAUUUUUUUUUUGAUACUUGGAAGAAAUAUUCAAACAUUAAUCACACUUGUCCAUAUACGUCGGAUAUUGUGGUUGAAAAAGCUCCUCUUAAUAAGUUUUCAACUCCUACACCCUUCCCUGAAGGAAGUUAUCGUGUUGAUUUUAUGGUUGGAGCUUAUGGUAUAAUUCGUGCAGGAGUGCAACUAUUUGUUACUCUAGAAUAA